UGGUAUUUUGUAGUUUUGACACAUCGCCCUCGUCUCUAAUACCUUUUUUCACUUUUUCAACUCUCUUUUCAACGAAUCUCAUGUUUUUUUUAUUAAAUUAAAUUUUCCCUCAUUAAAGCUUGAUUUCAUCGAUAUCAAUCGAUAUGUUAAUGAAGAAAUGGAGAGUAGCAAUGAACGCAGAAGAAAAUUUAGGCAUCUAAACGCAUUGACGAGUCGGCUGAAAUUUCAUCAACAGGGCUGAAAAUUUCGUCACUCGCCUCUCCUGAGGCUCGUGAAGACGAGGGCGGAAUAGAAAACAUAAAAAAUGUCCCUGCAUAGCGUUUUUAAGCGAGCCUCAGGACUUUUCGUAGCCUCGAGCGGCUCCACCGAGGAACAGACCCAAGUGAUAGUGCCACCCUUCGUCGACGGCGAAGUGAUUUUCUGCAAGAACAACGUUUGCGUGCACCCUCCUACCCUUGCAAGACGGGACCUGGAAGUUCACCACCACCCAGGCUACCUGAGCAUUUCGGUUCGGCGUUUGGAACCAAACGAACCCACCCUAGUCCUGAGUUGGAUUCCCAACGCCACCCUUAAAGCCAACCCUUGGACCGUGGAAAAACGAGCAUCGCACCCUGACAUUCUUACUAGUGAUGGUUUGUCUUGGACCGGACUCGAAGAGCCAAUUUGGGAUGAAGGGAUGCAGUUGGGCAGCCCUAGGAGGGUGUCCAGCGAAGACUGGGCCGAGGGUGCUGACGUGCUCAGAAAUCGUCUUCAGACCAUGAGCGUUGAAGAAGCUUUAUCACCUCUACCUCGAAGUCGGUCCGACUCUGUGACUUCUGCCUCGUCUUCCUGCACCGAUACGAAAUCUCUAGGGCCUGAUGAAUUGCCAAAUUGGAUGGUGUCUCCGGAAAUGUUGGCCGUGCAACACAAUUUGGUGUUUCCUGAAAGCGUCGCUGCCUCUCCGGUUGUUCGGAGAAAAUCAUCUCAUCGCUGCCGAAGAUUUACUGUAGAUCUGAGUGAAAUGCGGUCAUUGCGUCUCUUGUCAAGCGGAGGUGGCUGUGAGGCGGCAGGCAACGAAGGCGAAGCUUCGGGUCAGCUCGUGGUGGCGUCUCGAGAGUCUCAGUACAAAAUUCUCCACUUCCACCAUGGAGGCUUGAGACGUCUCGGACGGGUCCUGGCUGAGUGGAGCUGCCUGCUUCGGCCAAAGGGCACUCGGGAAGGCUCAAUGGACGGCCCCUACUUGCACUUCUUGGUGUGCCGGCCAGAGGUCAGUCCGUCGGAACUGCACCCUGAGGAGGGGCGUGUUUCGUCUUUAAACAAGGAUGUGUGGCUCUCACUUCUCACUCCAGAAGGCAAUGUCCAGGACGACCUCGCCUUGAGGAAGGCAGCGUUUUUUGGUGGUCUCGAGCCAAGUCUUCGAAGCACCGUGUGGCCUUUUUUGCUCAGGGUGUACUCCUUCCAGUCUACUACAGAUGAGAGACACAACCAGCUCUUGGAAAACCGAUCCCACUACGAUGAUUUGACGAGGCAAAGAAGGAACUUAACUGGACAAGAACUGGAAAUUUUCUACAGAACUAUUGAAUGUGUGGUAGAGAAAGAUGUUGUCAGAACCGACCGCACCCACUCAUACUUUGCUGGUGAUAACAACCCCCACCUAGAGCAAAUGAAGAACAUUCUUCUCAACUACGCAUUUGAACACCCUAAAAUUGGCUACACCCAAGGAAUGUCCGAUCUGUUGGCGCCUGUUCUCGUCGAAGUACAACAUGAGGCUGAUGCUUAUGCUUGUUUUGUCAACCUGAUGCAAAAAGCCCUGUUUGUCUGCUCACCCACUGAUUCCGAUAUGGAUCUGAACUUAAAUCUCCUCCGAGAGUUGAUUCGUCUGAUGAGCCCCUCUUUUUACAAACACAUAGAAAAUCAACCUGAUGCUGCGGAACUACUCUUUGCACACCGAUGGAUUCUUUUGUGCUUCAAGCGAGAGUUUAACGAGGAAUGCGUUCUGCAGAUGUGGGAGGCUUGCUGGGCAAAUUACUUGACUGACUUUUUCCAUUUGUUUCUAAGCCUUGCUAUUGUCUGUGUCUACGGUGCCGAUGUUGUUGAACAAAUGCUUCGACCUGACGAAAUGCUCCUCCACUUCAGUUCUCUUGCUAUGCACAUGGAUGGACAGCUUAUUCUUAGCAAGGCCCGUGGCUUGUUAUACCAGUUUAGAAGAAUGCCAGUGAUUCCUUGCUCGCUUCGCUCGCUCUGUCAGCAGUGCGGUCCUGGAGUGUGGGACAGCACACAUGCUCCCGACAUUGAAUGCGUUCAUAGUGAUCAGGCGUGUCCUCACGCACCCUGACUUCGACAACCACAAAUCCAAUUAAAAAGUAACUAGUAACCAAAUGAAGCGAUUGUCGCUUUUGUUGUGAUCUUGCUGAUCUUGCCAAAUUCUAUAAUCGAUUAAACGAUCAUGUUAACCAAAUCAACGAUAUUAUACCAAAGAUAAAAUAUAUCGAAAAAUGUAAUUUGUUGAUUUUACGAAAAUCGUCAAGUGUUCUUGUGAUAUUUCAGACGGAGUCAUCACAAUUUUGUUUUGAAAAUGAUUUUAUUGAUAUUUUCUCAGUCACUACUGUGUUCAAUUUUUUUUGUAUUAUCGCAACGAUAUUUUGAGUUCCUCUUGUGACAGAUUUGUUUUUAGAUCUGUGAUCAAAAAAAUGAUUUUAAAGUUUUCUAAAGAUUGAAUGUUUUUGUUUAAAAUAAAAUAUUCCUUUUA